UUGAUGACGUCAGCGACGCGGGUUAAUCGGGCGCGGCUUAGUCGAGCGCGGUUUUGACGGGUCACGGGUAGCAGUAUUAUAAUAAGAGCUGUUGUUCUUACAGCGCUAUUGCUUCUUUCUAUCAUGCUUCACAAGUGUCUUAAAAACUGUACUUCAAUCUUCUCCAAUCUUCUGCACCUUUCAGAGGUGUGGGACAUAAAUCAUUCUUGUUUUCUAGCCAGUGCUGUUACUGAAUAUUCUGUCUGUGAGUGUUGGGAGUUGUAGUUCUAUCGCACCUGGAGGGCCUGGGGUUGGGGGAGGGUUGUGGUACAACAUGGGUGGACAUGUGCUUCUUUACAACAGUCCCUUUAACUCCAAUUUCCUAGCACUAUAGGAUUGCUCUCAACCUCCACCCCACCAUCUUGCAUUCACAUCUUGUUGGUUAUGCCCUUAUUUCAAGGAGCUAAAGAGAAAUCCAGCCCCACUGAGGGACAAACCCCCCUCCCUUCUUCUUCUUUUCCAUAUUUUUAAAGUUUCCCCCAUUGCUUCUUGGGAAAUCCCCCUGCCCACCCCCCUUCCCAAGGUCCCACUUUGGGGGGGUCCCUGCCCACCAACCCUUUUGCCUUGUGUAACAUACUUUCUCUUCUACCCUAGUGAAAGACAAAGAGGAUACACAGGUGGAUUCUGAGGCCAGGCCCAUGAAGGAUGAGACCUUUGGAGAAUACAGUGACAAUGAGGAGAAACCGUUCACCAGCAGCCAACCGUCCUUGAAUGGUGACAUCAAGGCUCUGGGGAGUGACGAUAGCUUGGCAGAUUAUGGGGGCAGCGUGGACGUCCAGUUCAAUGAGGACGGCUCCUUCAUUGGCCAGUACAGUGGCCAAAAAGGCAAAGAAGGAGGCGGAAACGACAGCUCUGGCGCUACCAGUCCUACCAAUGUGGUCACUGCCCUAGAAUAAGCGGAGGGCGGUUUCCCAAAGGAUUCCCCAGCCCCCCCAGUCCUGGAGAAGAGGAUUUCCCUGUGGAUUGCUGGGGGGCAGGGGAGGUGAGCACAGGGUUAAUCACCUCACCCAGGCAAAGAAUCAAAGAAUCAAUGUUCUUCGAAUGGAAAUAGUAAUUGGUGGAAUCUACCCUUUGUUUACUGGCUAACCCCACCCCCCAAAAAAAAAACUAAUCAGGGAGGGUUAGGAAAAUCAGGGGAUUCCUCAAAUAAUCCACCUAAAAAGUAUCUCAUUUCCACACCUUCCCCCUCAACCAGUUAUCCUUCAGCCAAACUAUGUCCAUGUUUUGUGUGGUGGGGAGAGAAGGGGAAGGGAGGGAGAAGGGGAGGGGCAUAUGACAUGAUCCAAGGGAUGAGCUUAUUGGUGAAGCCCAGGGCUUCACAAGAGGGGAGGGAAUCAAGGUUCAAAAUUGCCAAAAAGAGCAGAUGACACACACACACACACACACACACCCCUCUCAAGAUCCUCAAAAUGUUCAUUCUUUGUUCUCGUUGAAGAAGGGGAUGUUAGAUGGUGCUGCAAUGUCUAAUCCCAAACCCAGAUCAGGACGGGAGACAAAAGAGAAGGCCUGAAAGAAUUGGGAACCGAAAAACGGGGAAUCCUUUCUCCGCCUGUGGGAGAAAGGGUGGUUAAGAAAGAACUAGAAGCCAGAAGUCUGUGGCUAUGCAAAAGGAAGGAAUACCAACGGGCUGAAAGUCAGAAAGAGUCUGGGUCUUUCAAUUUUGCCAUUUGGCCACCUUCUCAAGGAUUCAGCUAAGGGUGGUCUCCUGAUGCCUCUCUUAGAAGGGAAGGGAUGCUCCAGCCAAAUCUUCUGAUUGCCUCUCUGCUGAUCUGUCACUCUUUCUUCCCUCGUUUUUUUCUAAAUCAGGCCUUGCUAAGGCAGCAGUUCUCUCAAAAUUGUGGCUUUCAAAGUUUUUACCUUGAGGAAAGCCUUUCCAUGUCUGCUCACCCAUUAAGAUAUCCCCAUAUAUUUUUUUCCUGCCAUGGAAACUGAGACCUAUUUUGCAUUCACGAAAGCCAUGGGCCAGUUGGUUCUAUUGAACGUCCUCUUUGCUUCACCUAAAUUGAUUCUUUACCUGCCAUUAAAGUAGUACCUGUUUACCAUAAGCCCUACAAGAGCCUCUGAUCAAUUGCCAAGAGAUCUCAAGGUAGCCUAGAAAGACAGUUUGAGAACUCCUGCCAGAACGGGGUCUCCUGGUGCUGAAGAGCCCACUUAGAAGAAUCCCUUUGUCCUUUCUGUUCAUUGUUAAUUCACAUUCCCUCUUUCAUGGGUUGAUCAACAGCCAGUUCUUUACACUGGGCCAAAUCCCACCAUUCGACAACCUCCUCUUCCCUCUGUCUUAACUCCAACUCUCCUCUCAAACAGCAGGAAAGAAAAAAAAUACCCCAAGACCCUCCCUGCUUCUUGAAUGCAUCUCACGCAGCUGCCUUGCGACACACUCUCGUCUUUCAAAAGUGGCUUCUUGUUCACUGAAUCAACCCUUAACCCCCCAUUUCCACCUCUGUCUAUUGUAACGAUGACUAUUUUUUCUCUUGCUUGUCGGGGAUGAAAUGAAUCCUUGCUUUUUUUGCAUACAAAGUUUUUUAAGAUAAUAAUAAAAAAUAAUAAAAGUACUCUGGUGUUUUUGAGCGGCCCUACACGAAAUCGUUCCUUGCCUUUUCCCCCUCUCUGUAAAUAUCCCCCAACCCCUUGUGCUUGAGUUUGUUUUAGAUGUCUUAGGACUGGUGUUUUUGAAGUCUUUUAGUGGGUCUAUUAAGGUGGCUUGGAAUUAAAAAGAGAAAAAAAAAUGGAAAAAAAAAAGUAUUUUAAACAGUCCUCUUUCUCCUGAAAUGUGAUGCCAUUUGCACCCACCCAUCCUCCCUGCCCUGUGUAUUCUUCUCUUUUGUCAGGCCUGUUGCGAUCUAACUUUCUCUCUCGAUAGCUUUUUAUAUAUAUAUAAAUAUGUAUAUAUAUAAACAGAAUUAUAAAAUGAUAAAUAAAU